AAAGAAGCAUAUAUUUGUAAAUCAUGGCUCGAGAGGAUCCUCUUGCUAUUGGGGGUGUGAUAGGGGAUGUUCUGAACCCUUUUACAAGCUCAGUUUCUCUCACAGUUUCCAUCAACAACAGAGCGAUUAGCAAUGGCUAUGAACUCAGGCCCUCUCAUCUUGUUAACCGCCCUAGAGUUACUGUAGGUGGUCAAGACCUAAGGAUCUUCUACACUCUGGUUCUCGUAGAUGCAGAUGCACCUAGCCCUAGUAACCCAGUCUUGAGGGAAUACCUGCACUGGAUGGUGACAGAUAUUCCAGCAACCACAAAUGCAAGCUUUGGUAGGGAGGUUGUGGUUUAUGAGAGUCCACAACCUUCUGCAGGGAUUCAUCGACUUGUGUUUGUGUUGUUCCAGCAAUUGGGCAGAGACACUGUGAUCAGCCCACAACUGCGUCAUAAUUUCAAUUCCAGAAACUUUGCUGAAAACAAUAACCUCACACCUGUUGCAGCAGCUUAUGUCAACUGCCAAAGAGAGCGAGGUUGUGGUGGAAGGAGAUAUUAACUUCAACAAGGAUUUUGGAUCAGAGAAAGAGAUAUAUAUGUUAAGUAAUUAAUAUGAUAUAUGAUGUUAAAUAAAGAAAAAUAAUAGGUGUUUUAGAGCAAUAGUUAGCACACCACUAUCAGUAUCAGUUGAUGAGAGAAAAAUAACAAGUUAUUAUUAUUAUAAGUUAGAAUUAAAUAAAUAAAAUCUCUCUUCUUUUUAAAGAAUUACAGAAGGUUAUCUUCGAUACUAGAGCAUGUCAUUCAGAUACUUCAAUGGCUGAAACGGAAAAAAGAAGAAGAUGAUGCAUGGCUCGUACCUACUCAGACUUCAUCCAGUAAUAUUAUAAUGUAUAUGAACAGUCAUUUAUUUUGAAUAAGGCUUGCUUCAA